AUGCUUCACCGCGAGGUGUCAGCCUCAGAAUACACGAGCUCUUCUGAAGAAUUCUCCAGCGAGGACGACGAGCCCCAGUCUCUGGAAUCUGUCAGCCGCGAAUCACUCGAACUUGAGAAGCUUCAACGCGAAAUGUCAAGCACGGAUAACAUGAUCCCUUUCGAAGAAUUCUCAAGCUACGUCAAGCACGAAUGCCGAAACGCGAACAACGUCGAUCCGUCUAUCGAAAUCUCGGAUGAAGCUAUCCGCGCCCUCCAAGCCGCAGCCGAGGAUUAUGCCGUGCGUCUUUUCACCAUUUCCCAGAGGCUCGCCGGCCACGCCGGAAAUCAGAUGCUUCGCUUUCGAGACCUUGACCUUGCCCAGAAGAUGAUCAAGGCCUGUGCCGACGGACCCGUCAUCGGUGACGGGGCAUGGGAGGAGAGUCUGCACUGGAUAUCUGGGAAUGAAAAUCAACAAUAUCGAAGCCUCAGCAACGCGGUCAACCACGGUUUCCCCCCUGCUCGAGGGCUCGAACUCAUUGACCCUCCGACCCAAAUUGUGGAAAACGAUGAGUUGGUUGAAGAGGGCGAGACGGAUGAUGACUAUUACACCGACGAGCUCACAUCGGAAUCCGACACCGAGACGGAUGGAGAGUACGAAAGCGAAGAGCCCGACGACAACUCGACCGACGACGAUGAAUACGACUCCGAAGUUACCGAGGAAAGUGACAUUUCACCGCCCAAGACGAAGCUGCAGGAACUCCUCGAUGCCGAUGCUGCCGAGCGCGAGAGACUCUACUUUACGAAGAGUUUUCUGUUCGAGUCACCCGAUGCUCAGGGUCCAGGGACUAAUGUGGCCAAGAGCAACAAACUCACCUUUGCGAACGUUGCUCGGCACGACGCGCCCGAUGACGAGGGCUCGAAGGCCGAUGAUUUUUCAAUGUCCUAUUUGGAUAGCCAGCUCCUUGCUCAUUCCAAGGGCAACGAGUCCCAAGAGAAUGAGACCGAGAAUCGCAAAGCUCUGUUCACCGAAGACGAAGAUGCCGAGAUCAAACAGAAGAUCAGCAACUAUCUUUCUCAGACCCUCAAGCGUCCUAGAGAGGGUGAUGAAGACGAGUCGUCGCAAAAUCUCAAGCGUCGACGCGGCUCGAGCAGGGAUCGCCCCGUAUACUCCCUCAUUCUCGGCACCCAGGUCAUGAUCGUUCUCUCGUCCGACCAGGCAGUCAAAGAUCUUUUGGACAAACGCAGUAGCAUUUAUUCGUCUCGUACCGACAUAUAUCUCGGCAACCUGGUUGGUGGUAAUCUCCGCGUCGUUCUCAUGAAAUACGGAGACACAUGGCGCAUGAUUCGCAAGAUAUUCCAUCAAGUUCUACACAUCAAAGCAGCGAAGGGCUAUGUCCCGUAUCAAGAUCUCGAGAGCAAGCAGAUGUUAUCUGGAUUCUUGGACAAACCUGACCUCUUCAUUGAUCACAUACGACGAUUUACCAACUCGCUCACCACCCAAAUGGUGUUUGGCUUCCGUACCACGAGUAUUCAUGAUGAGAACUUGAAGAGGCUGUAUCAUUGCGUCGAGAAGUGGAGUGAAGUCGUUGGGUCAUCCACAGCAGCAAUUCUGGACGUAUAUCCUCGUCUCAGAAAUCUCGGAUUCAUCUCUCCCGGAAAAAGACACGCCGAAGCUCUGCACAAGGAAGAGAGUAAGCUAUACGUCGGGCACUGGAUGGAUGCGAAGAAGCGUGUGCUCCAGGGCACGGCCAAGCCUUGCUUCUGUAUGGGUAUCGUUGAAAGCCAGAAGGGCCUAGGAUUCUCCGAUGAGCUUGCUGCGUACAUCUCUGGAUCUGCGCUCGAAGCCGGCUCAGAUACCACAGCGGCCACACUGACCGGCUUUAUGCAAGCCAUGGUUAUACACCCUUUUGUGCAGGAAAAAGCCCGCGAAGAGCUGGAUCGCAUCUGCGGCACAGAACGGCUCCCGAACAUCGACGACUGGGACGACAUGCCAUACAUCCGUGCAUGUGUAAAGGAAAGCCUGCGAUGGAUGCCGACGGCAAUCAUGGGCUUGCCGCAUGCCGUCACACAAGACGACGAGUACAUGGGCUACAAGAUCCCUAAGGGAGCCGGAGUCAUGUUGAACGUGUGGGCAAUCAACAUGGACGAGAAGAGGUGGAAUGACCCCAGAGAAUUCCAGCCUUUGCGUUACGUCGGGGAUGACCAGAACUCGACCGAAUCGGCGAUGAACAGCGACCCUUCGAAGCGUGAUCACUUCGUUUUUGGUGCUGGUCGUCGCCUUUGUCAAGGGAUGCACAUCGCCGACAGAUCGCUAUUUCUGAGCAUCUCGCGACUGCUCUGGGCAUUCAACCUUGACAGAGCCUGUGAUUCGGACGGGGAGGAGAUCGUGCCGGACGCGGACGACCUUACACCUGGAUUCUUGGUACAGCCCAAGCCGUUCCCUGCGAAGAUUACACCAAGAAGCGAAGCCCAUGCGGACGUUGUUCGACGCGAGUGGGAGGCCUGUCAGAAGCUUCUCGACGAGGACAAGCAGUGGUUGGAAGUCCCGCACGGCAUGGUGUUCGAGUCUUUGGUUUCAUCGGAUUUGAAAGAUUGA